AUGACUAUUAGUGAGCAAUUGAAAGAGAAAUUUACAAAUGAAGAAACAACCAAUGAAGAACAAAAUAAUAGAGAUAAGCUAUAUGAAUUAUUAAAUGAGUCAAAUAUUAGGAAUAAUUUGGAGGUUUUGGAAUUUAUUAACAAUAAUGAAUUGACUUUAACAAAAGAGAUUUUAAAUGAAGAUGAAAUAAUUGAGAUGAUCUUAAAUGAAGUAAAUGAAGUAAAUGAUGAAUCAGGAUCAAUAUCUGAUCCUGUAUCAAUGGAUUCACUAUUACUUUCAUUGCCCUGA